GGGAGGACCACUUGAGCCUAGGAAUUCAAGACCAGCCUGGGCAACAUAGUAAUAUCCUGUCUUUAUUAAUUAAUUAAAAUCACUGCCCUGAACAGAUGAAACAAGUGGUGAAUUAUCCUUGCUUUAUUAGGAGCAUUUUCAUUUUCUUCAAGAAUUCGUUCUUACAAAUAAAUAGUUUCACAUUCAUUUCUCAACACGAAGGACCCGUCCCAUAAUUUACCUCCCGUUUGCUUAAUUUGCACAGUUAAUUUUUGCCAUAAUCUUAAAUUCAAGCUUAUUGAUGCUGGUCAUUUUCUAGUGUCUGAUGGCCACGUUAAAGUCCACUGAAGGACCAUUUUUAAAGAAACUUAGACAAAAAUGGUCAUGUUAUUUUAAAAAGCCACAGGGUAGGAGGAGGUGAGUACAGAGACCAGGAGAUGGGAUACAGAGUGUAGCGGACCCUGGUGACCCAAAGCUUCCAAGGGCGGCCCCAGGUUUCUUCUGAGCACUUCUCUAACCCGCACACAAACUAGGUGAACAACGCAGCGUAUUCUCUGACAGCUCUGCAGGCCUGGAGCCCCCACAUCACAGUGUGGGCAGGGCCACACUCCCUCGCAAGGCUCUGGGCAGGAUCCUUCUUGCCUCUCGUGGCUUCUGGUGGCCCUGGGCAUUCCUUGACUUGUGGCGGCAUCACUGCAGUCUCUGCCUGUCUUCACACAGCCUUCUCCCCGUGUGUCUGUCUCUGUGUCUCUUCUGAUAAGGAUAUGAGUCAUACUGGACUAAGGGACCCCCUACUUAGGAGUAUGACCUAGUCUUAACUAAUUCCCACUGCAGUGACCCUGUUUCUAAAUAAGGUCCUAUUUACAGGCAUAGGGGUUAGGACUUCAGAGUGUGUCUGCAGGGACGCAGCUCACCCCCAGCACUGUCUCCUGAGGGGAUUCCUACGUGUCAGACCCUGCCCCGGGCUCUGGCUAUUCUCCUGCUCCCCAGCAUGCACCUGGAGGCCCGGGCAGGGUCGCUAGGUGCAGGGACAGCUAGGCUGGCUCCCCUGGGAUGGAACAACCAACCCCCCCGGAGACUGUGCCUGCAGGUGUCCAUCACCUUCAAGGACUUGGCCGUGCGGUUCUCGGAGGAGGAGUGGCGGCUCCUGGAGGAGGGGCAGAGGGAGUUCUACCGAGACGUGAUGCGGGAGAACUACGAGACGCUGGUGUCUGUGGGGACAGCUGAGCUGCUCCCCCUCUCUGCUUUCCUGUCACCCCCAGAGCCUGGAGGAGCUGUUGGGGGAGGAAGCCGCACUGAUGAGGGGCAGGAGCCUGCUGGUUGCGGAGGUCUCCAGGAGGGACAGCCCCGGCACAGCCUGCACCUCACCGCCCUGGUACAGCUGGUGAAAGAGAUCCCAGAGUUCUUGUUUGGGGAAGUCAAGGGUGCCAUGGACAGCCCCAAGAGUGAGAGCCAGGGAGCCAGCCUGGAUGAAGAGCAAGCAAGCCCCGAGGCAGCUGUGGCAAGGGAGCCUUGCCCUCUCCGAGGCCUGCUCAACUGCCUUCCGGACGGCCCUGCCAGCCAGUCCCGCCUGGCCACCACACCCACUGACAGCUCGUGCUCCAGUGGCCCACCUGGUGAUGCGGUCCAGGGAAGUCCUCUCCCUACCAGAACUGCCAACAAAUCAUGGCUUACGAGGAAGGAAGGCCCAGGAGCCCCUGGCAGGGAGCCCAGCCCUCCCACCCUUAGCCCCGGCAGGAGGAAGAGCCACGGAGUACAGGAGAGAGGGACCUCACAGGCUGGAAUUACUCCUGGGAACAGCCCCUUGCAAGGCCUCAUCAACUGUCUGAAGGAAAUCCUCGUGCCUGGGCCCCAGCACCCCGAGACAUCCCCAGCCUUCCUACCGCCUCUGCCCAGCCUGGGCACGUCCAGGCCAUCCAAAGCAGACCUGGGGCCGGGGAGCCCACCCUGGGCAGUGAAGACAGAGGCAGCUUCAGGGGACUGUCCCCUCCAGGGUCUGCUGAACUGUCUGAAGGAGCUUCCCGAGGCCCAGGCCAGGCAUCCCAGUCCCUCAGGAGUGGGGGACCCACGACUACAGGAGGAUCCAGGGGCCUGGAAAAGGGGUUCUGGAGGGUCUGGACACCUCCUGACCCCCCCUCCCCAUCCUGGUCCUGGAGCUGGUGGCCAGGUCUCUGUGAAGAUGGAGAACAGCUGGGUCCAGAGCUCCCCAGGACCCGCAUCUUGUCAGCCUGGCAGGCAGUCCCUCAGCCCCUCUGCCAUGAGAGACACCAGAGGAGUCCCUGGGGCCAGCUGGGGCCCUGAGGCUGAAGCUGCCGGUGCCUCAAGCUCACCGCUGGAAGCCCUGGAAGCCUGUCUGAAGGGCAUUCCCCCAAGCAGGCCAUCACCUUCGCAGCCGCCGGCCACCUCUUGGUCACAGAACCCCCAGCCAGGAGACUGUGGGUCUCAGAGGACUGAAGUGCAGCCCCACAGAUCACACAGUGAAGAAGUGACCAGGGAGCCUGUUCUGCCUCUGGGCCUGCAGGGCUGUUUGAGAGAUGGCCCCUCCCGGCCCCUGGCCCCCCGAGGAACCCCCACCAGCUUUUCCUCAACCAGCAGCACCGACUGGGACCUGGAUUUUGGGAGCCCUGUGGGGAGCCAGGGGCAGCGGCCUGGAAAAGGAAGCCCACCGGGAAGCUCCCCGCUGCAGGGCCUGGAGAACUGUCUCAAGGAGAUAGCCGUUCCUGUGCCGUGGCCUGCCUGGCCCUGCUCCUCAGCAGCAGACAGGGGACCGAGGAGAGCAGAGCCCAGGCCCUGGACAGCAGACAAGGAAGGGCCUGCCCCCAAGCCCUCCCCGCUGCACUGUCUGGAGAGCGCCCUGAGGGGUAUCCUGCCUGUGCGGCCCUUACGCUUCGCCUGCGUGGCAGGCACCAGCCCCAGCCCCAGCCCCGGCUCCAGCUCCAGCUUCAGCGGCUCUGAAGAAGACCCGAGGCCAGAGCCUGAGCUCUGGAGGCCGCUCCUCCAGGAGAGGGACCGCCUUCCCAGCUGUAAGCCUCCUGUUCCUCUGUCCCCAUGUCCCGGUGGGACUCCCACUGGCAGCAGUGGCAGCAGUCCUGGUGAAGACCCCAGGAGAACAGAGCCCAGAUACUGCAGUGGCCUUGGUGCAGGUGCAGCUGGGGAUCCCAGCCCUGUUUCUCGGCUGGAGAAAAGGCCUGGGCCCAGGGUUGGUGAAGCCUCCAGAGGCCUGGAGCCUGGACACGGAAGACCCAGAGUUGCAGCCAAAACCCAUGGGCAGCUGCUCCCCCAGGGCCUACCUGAGCUGCCCCGUGAGUCUCCCCCUCAGGAGCUGCCCCCUCUGGAAGCCGCACCUCCUGCCUUGCCAGCCGCGUCCCCGCAGCCGCCGUGCCCCUGUGGGAAGCCCCUACAGCAGGAGCUGCACAGCCUUGGUGCUGCCCUCGCAGAGAAGCUGGAUCGGCUUGCCACGGCGCUGGCAGGCCUGGCUCAGGAGGUGGCCACCAUGAGGACCCAGGUGAAUCGGCUGGGGAGGCGCCCCCAAGGCCCUGGGCGGAUAGGCCAAGCUUCCUGGAUGUGGACCCUCCCUCGGGGACCUCGCUGGGCUCAUGGCCCUGGUCACAGACACCUACCCUACUGGAGGCAGAAGGGCCCCACCAGGCCUAAACCAAAGAUUCUGCGCAGCCAGGGAGAGGGCUGCAGGGCUGGUGACCGGCCGGGACUCUCCAGAGGGACCGCUCACCGGGCACCUCUGCUGCCUUCAGACGCUCCGCCGGCAGAAGCUCCAGGGCUCCACCGCAGCCCUUCCCAGCAGCUGCGGUCCUCCACACCCAGCUGCCACACUGCGCCAGCGGCACACUCCCUCCUGGGACAUUCCGGGGGCCGCCAGAGCCCCCUUCCUCCUUUAGUGCCUGCUGCCUUACCCCUGCAGGGAGCCUCUCCUGCCACCAGUGCGGAUGCAGACGUGCCGAACUCGGGAUUGGCACCAGCCGGGAUCCCAGACCUGCCCAAGGAUCCGAGCAGCCUGCUGGGAGGAGUCCCGAGAGCUCUCCAGGAGGAACUGUGGGGCGGGGAGCACAGGGACCCAAGGUGGGGGGCGCAUUAAUAGCAUUCCUCAUCCCCACCUCUGCUUAUUCUUGCUGAGGGUGCAGUGGUGUCGUGGAAGCCCCGUCACACCACCCCAGGCCACCCUCCCAGGAGACACAAUCUCUCUUCCUGUUGCUGGGAGCCCCGCCCUUUGUCCCAACUGUGCAGAUACCCCAGGUGCUGUUUGCUCGGGAGGCUGCUGUGGGGGUGACUUGCUCAGCCUCUGUCUGGCCUUCUUGGCUCAGAUUCAAUCCAAUGCUGCUUCCCUCCCCGUCCUUCCCACUGGAACCGCCCAAGCUUGUAGGUGUAUGUUGUGCACAGGCCAUGUGCGCCCCACACAUGCAGGGGGUGCCCCACACAUGCAGGGGGUGCCCCACACAGCUGGAGCAGCCAGGAGAGUGCCUCCUAAUCACCAGCCAUUCCUGAUCCCAGGAGCCACGAAAGGCUGGGCUCUUGCCUUCUUGGAGUAAAUAUGGGCACAGAUUUCAUUUGGCAGAACUCGGCCCCUUGGUCUAAGCUGGACUUAACCCUGUGGAUUCUGAAAUUAAAGAAGUGAGUAGCUAAGGAAGGGCCUGCCUCUUGUAGAAGGGAGCUCCAGGGGGUCCACGCCAGGCGGGGCUGGUUGUGCCACCACACGCUGCCGCCUUUCCCAGACAUCCUUGAGAACUUUCAAGAGUGUGCCAGGAAGGGCGAGGGAAUUCCCACAGGACUCCCGGGGCACAUACUCUGUGAGUCCCCUGCGGCUGCCACACAGAGGAGCUCUGACUGGGCAGCUUCAACAGCAGCACUUGCUGUCUCUGUCCUGGAAGCCAGAAGUCUACAGUCCA